UUGGUCGACACAACGGGGACGUAGCGUGCCGGCAAGCACGUGAACCUCGGGUCGGGAGAAAAUUGUUUGUCUCCAUUGUGCUUGUUCUGUGGAUUUCUCACGGUGAUUGGACGUCAUAUUACUGAUUGGUUCAUCCCCUCUACACAGCGGUAUAGAUAUCUCAUCCCAUCCUUUACUUACCGCAAAGUAGUGUAAUUAGUUUAGUUGCUUACUUAGUCUUGUGUAGCCUAGUUCACUAGUGUUCCUUGUAGAGACUUAGUUCUUGUGUGCAUAGUGAUCAUAGCAACUAGAAUUGUUGAGUAGGUGGCUUGCAAACACCCCUUUAGGGCUAGCACUACUACAAUAAUCUUUAUUGGAAGCGGUCAAAAACGAUUAACCGAGACGGUUUUCAUAACCGCCUCGGAUCAAAGGUCACGAUAAAUGAUCUAUUUUCUAAGGCGGUUUGCUGCCCGCCUCCGUUAAUCAAACAAAAAAAGAAAAAAAUCAAUAAACAAGCCCGCCGAGCCCAUCCACGGGCCCACCGAGCCCAUCAACGCGCCGCCGCCGCCGCUACUGCUCGCCGAUGAGGCCAUCCGCUUGCCUGCUGAGACCGGAUCUACCUCCACCGCAUCAGAGAGGAGGGGAAGAGCUCGUUGAAGGGGAGAGGAAGAGGCUGUUGAAGUAGAGGUAGCCCUCGCCGGAUCUGACCACGCCGUCGUCAUCCCUCGGUGGAUCCGCCUCCCACCAAUCGGAUCUAGAGCUCGUCGAAGGGGGGAGGAGACGCCACUGUGCUGCUGCUCGGGAGGGAGGGAGCCACCGCCGCGACUCGGUUGGCAGGGAGCCGCCGCCUCUGCUUUGGGAGGAAGGACGUCGCCGCCACUGCUUUGGGAGGGAGGGCGCCGCUGCCGGUGUGCGAGGCCGCCACUGCUUUGGGAGGGAGGAAGGACGUCGCCGCCACUGCUGCCGGAUCGUGCGAGAUGAGAGUGGGGAGGGCGCGGUUGUGCGAGAGAGAGGAGUGGGGCAGGGUCACGAGUCGGGGGGGGGCUGGGGGAGUGCCAAGGAACCCUAAAAUCCAGUAUAUAUACAAUCAGUUGGUUAUCGGGCCGAGAUGGGCUGCCUUUUGGGCCAUUGGGCCAUCAUUUAUCGAGGCGGGCUCUAUAGUGUAACCGCUUCCAGAAAUUGAUUUACAGCGACGGUUGUUAUAGUGUAACCGCCUCCGAAAAUAGACUAUUUUGGAGGCGGAUGAAUUAAGACGACCGUCUCGAUAAAUCGAUUUUGCGAGACGGUUGUUUGCGAACGUCACGGUUAAUAAAAAGUGACCGCCACGAUUAAUCUAGACCAUUAACCGAGGCGGUUUAAAAUCCUGCUUGCCUCCGAGCCUGUUUUCAAAAGGUCACGGUUAAUCUUUUUUGUAGUAGUGUAGAGUAAAAAGCUUCGCUUUGUUUUUUACUAACUUCUUGCUCUAGUGAAUUUGUAGAAUUUUUAAAUAGGCUAUUCACCCUCCCCUCUAACCAUAUUAGGAUCUUUCAGUAUUUUAGAUGGCCAAUGCCAGUAACCUUCAAUUACCAAAGACCGCAUAGAAACUGCAGGUUACUCUAUUGUGUCAACAACCACAUGUAGUAUAUACCUAUGCACCAGUAUAUACAUGUAAAUAUACAGUUUGAAUGUGUAUUUACCACCGUUUUUACUUAUAUUUCAAUUUAUAUAUCCAAAUCCAACACAUUUUGCCCGCCUUCAAAAACUUAUAUACACUUAUCCAUCCGCGCGAGGGCGCGUGCCUUUCACUAGUGUAUAAUAAUUGAGAGUUGCAUCAGGGAAUCAGGACACAUGAUGCAUGGUAAUAGAUAGAUGGAUGCCUCGUCAUCAGAUCAGCAUCGUAGCAGGAGUAGCAAUCAAUCAUGUGCGAGCGAGCACGCAAUGAUCCGGUCCGGUGCAGCAAUGAAGGAAUCCCAUGUGGCAUGCAUGGCUUGGCCUUGGCUCCGUCCAGGCCUCCAGGGGACCAGUUGGUUUGGUUGCAGAACAAAACCAGAGGAGGAGAGACCUGCCCAUCCUGUUCCUGCUCUUGCUGUUGCUUUGCGUUGCCACAAGAAAACAAGCAGCAGCUGCCUGCCUUCCUGUAGGCUAUACCAUACCAUACGGCCAGGUUCAGCUAAGCUGGUGGACAAGACAGAGAGACCAUCGUAUCCGCCCGCCGGCGCGGCGACCCCAAGCCAUCUGAGUUGACGACCAUCAGCAUGAGCUGCAGCUCGCCGCCGCCGCCGCCGCCGCUCGAGCAUCACGCUCACGACGAUGGCCGGACGAGAGCCCCAGCGCUGGACCUGCUGGACGAGUACUGGUUCUUCAGCAACACCCUCGUCACCAAUAACAGCGCCAAGAAGAAGCCGCCACACCUGCCCAGGUCGCCGUCCACCUCCACCUCAGCCACAAGCACAGGGGAGAAGGCCUCGGGCUCGGCUGGGCCGCCGUCCAGGAUAGGGGGCCGGAGGCUGCUCCGGACGCCGUCGCUCCCGACGUCUCGCGUCGGGAUGACGAUGGAGCAGGUGCAUCAGGACGGAGCAGGUGCUGCUGCCGCUGCCGGUGCCAAUCAACAGCCCCAUCGACGGCAACUACAAGUUGUAGCAGCGGAUGAGGUGGACGACGAUGACCUCAACUGGAGCUCCAUCUACGAGGGCGUCCUGCGAACACGGAUGGCGGAGGGAGCCGGCAGGUCGUCGGCGCUGCGGCGGGCGCCGUCCAUGCCCGUCGUCCCCUCGUCCGCCACGGCCACGGACCACCACCACCACGGAGACGGAGACGGAGACGGGCAGCGGCAGACCAAGUCGACGCCCAGCAUGCCCAGGCUGCUCCGGCACUCGCACAGCACGCUGGGGAGGCACACGCCGCCCAAGGCUGAGCACAGCGCGGUGGCCCGGUGCAGCAGCAAGAAGCAGACGAGCGGCGGCUUCCAUCAGUUGCAGUUGCAGGACAAGAAGUGGAAGAGCUCCAGCGACCUGGAGUCCAUCGAGGUGCAGGGGUUCAGGGACCUUGGCUUCGUCUUCGAACACGAGGAGCUGAGGGAGAGCCUGGCCGACGUGCUCCCGGGCCUCAAGCAGCAGACCAAGAGCACCAGCACCAGCCCCCGCCCGCGGCCUUACCUGUCAGAGGCGUGGCAGCAGGUGCGGCGGCCGGCGCUGGCGAGGGUGCAGUCGGCGGCGGAGAUGAAGGACCAGCUCAGGAUGUGGGCGCAGGCCGUCGCGUGCAACGUGCGACAGGAGUGCUAGUUAGUACAUUAUUUAUUUAUUUAUUAUUAUUAUAUUAGGAAAAAAAAAAGGAAGAAAACAGAGACAGUCGCACCAGAACGCACACACCACAAGAGCAACCAGAUGAAAGCUUCUUUGUUACACAUACAUACAGUAUAAACAGUAGUAUAUGCCAAUUUUGUUGUUGUUACACCGGACCCUGAUCGAUCAA